AUAUGCAAACCAGGCCAUUUAACCCGCAAGGCGGUGUGAGAUUGUAUCACUCAGGCAGAGGGCGCUCGGUUUCAGAGGAUUUGCGUUUUUUUUUUGGGAGAAAUAAUCACGGUAUCACGGGGUUGAUAUGUUUGAGAGUAAUCUGAGAAACAGAGGUCGUUUAUAAUCGCAAUGAAAGUAAACUAUUUUGGUUUACCAAGUUUGCACUUGAUUGUGUGUGCAUCGGUUUACUACUUUUAAUUGCGUUUGGAACGCGAAAGCAGUCUGCUGAAAGCUAUGGUUAAAGUUAGAUCCCGGUAGUCGAAUAAAAGUCAAGACAGGAGACAAAAAAGAGACCUUCGUUGAGAAGAAAAACGCGCAUGGAAACCGUACCUUUACUUAUAUUUUCUUUGAUCAGUUUCUGCUCCAUUAAUUUAUUUUUGGUAACCACUGCCUUUGUUUCUGGAGUUAACGAGGAGGAACAUCGGAGAAAGAUGUAAACCACAACCAUGUGGUAUAUUUUGUUUCCAUGUUCUCGGGUGAUGUCAUUAACAUGACACGUGGUGGCGCAGGGACCGAAGCUGGCAGCGGCGGCUGACAGACUUGUCCAGCAGCAAAUCAGGAUGCAUGUCUCUUCGAUGGGUGUCAGCAAACUGUGCUUCCUGUUCUCCCUGGCUUUCUGUGCCCUCCUGCUGCUUCUCAUCCCAGCCCUUCAGCCUUCGCAGCAUCAGGGGGACCUGCCCCAGCCCCGGGCCCAGAACAAGGCUGCCCAAGCUGGCAUAGGGAUUGGCAAAACUCCACUGCGCCCUGGAGGUCUGGUGGUCCCUCUCCAGGCAGAUGUGGGGAAGGUGACAGUGUGGCACAAUGGUAUGGAUGGUGACUCUACAUGGAAUGCCACUCCCAGAGAGUCCAAGAGAACGGGGACUGGCGACCAGAACUAUGAAGCUGCCCAUGGAGACACCUGGGGCACUGAGAAGAAUACCCUUUCUCUGACAGGUUUGGAGGGGAAAUCCCUUCACAGAGGUGGGAAUAAUGCGGUAGAUGGAUGGUCUCGCUCCAGGGAUCCCCUUGAGCUCAAAGACAUUUUCAUAGCAGUGAAGACCACCAAGAAGUACCACAAGUCCAGACUGGAUCUGCUGUUUCAGACCUGGGUGUCCAAAGCCAAAGAAGAGACCUUUAUAUUCACUGAUGGGGAGGAUACAGAACUGAGGAAGAGAGCAGGGGAUAAUGUCAUCAACACUAACUGUUCGGCAGCUCACACUCGGCAGGCUCUGUGCUGUAAGAUGUCAGUGGAGUACGACAAGUUCAUUGAGUCGCAGAGGAAGUGGUUCUGCCAUGUGGAUGAUGAUAACUAUGUGAUCGUACCCAGUCUGUUGAAACUGCUGUCCUCCUACCACCACACUCAGGAUGUGUACCUGGGCCGGCCCAGCCUCGACCACCCCAUAGAGGCUGCAGAGAGGGUCAAGAGUGAUGGAUCAGUGUCAGUGAAGUUCUGGUUUGCCACAGGAGGAGCAGGGUUUUGUAUCAGCCGUGGUCUUGCCCUCAAGAUGAGUCCAUGGGCUAGCUUGGGAAACUUUAUCAGUACGGCAGAGAAGAUCCGUCUCCCUGACGACUGCACCAUGGGUUACAUCAUUGAGGCGCUGCUGGAGGUGGCGCUGACACACAUUCAUCUCUUCCACUCUCACCUGGAGAACCUACAGAGGCUGCCCACGGAUACUGUCCUGGAGCAGGUCACGCUGAGCUACGGGGGCUUUGAGAACAGGAGGAAUGUGGUCAGCAUUAGGGGAGCCUUCUCUCUGGUAGAGGACCCCUCACGGUUUAAGACUGUCCACUGCCUACUUUACCCAGAGACUGACUGGUGCCCCGGGACCAAUCACCAUUGAAGGCCACUACAGUAUAUCUACAAUACGUCCUACCAACCUAUGUGACUGUGUGUCUAUGUGUAUGCUAUGCUUUUGUCAUGGAAAGACCAUCAUUUGGUUUGCUAAAGCCAUUAGGGCCUGAAACCCGGGUGAAACCAUCAUUACCACUUGAGUCUCACGCCAUGAGAAGAGAUUAAAUGAGAUGGGGAGAAAUGAGGUAUGUGCAGUGAGGAUGGCUGGUCAUUUUAAUAGGUUGGAGAACUGGAGUCGGUCAUCACUGCCCGCCACUCUACUCACUGCAGGAAGUUGUCCGGUUUGGUUGUUGCCAGACUCAUGUUUCACCACUUGUUUUUGUUAUCGCUUAAAAUCCCAAAUUGUAUGGAUUUUCAACAUGUUCCAGAAAUGUGUCCUUUAAGGGAGCGUUAAGGUGAUUGAAUGACUGUUGAUAAGGUACCUUAUAACACAGAACAGGGUGACAUUUUAAUUUAUUUGCUUUUAGGUCCUUGACAUUUAACAGACUGAUUUAUUGUUUAGUCAAAGAUUAAAACAUUUGAUUCCAGUUUUACAGGAGUAAAUGUGAGCUCUAUGUGCCACUUUUUAAUGACAAAUGUUGUCUUGCUCCUCAUGUCCUUAUGUUUAUUUCGUAUUAGAAGGGUUUCAAAGUGGUUUAUGUGUUACCAAAUGCUUUACCCCUCAAUCAAUGCUUUUAACAUCAACAGUACAUACCCAAAGAUUAUGUAAGUACCUGACAUGUCAGUGGAAUAUACUUUGGAAAUGCGUAGAGCCCAUAAUGAAGCUAUAAUAUGAAUUCAAAAUAACACACAGCCCUCCAGAAGCCAAAACUGACUCUGGAACAAACAUUUCUAAAGAUCAGUUUUUUUUAUCUCUACAGUGUUUCCCCUGAUGCUGCCAAAUUGACUACACAUUAUGCAAUCGUCUUACUUCUCACGUACAUUAUUUCUGCAUGCUCUGAAGUUUCAUUGGUGUGAUUGAAAUGUGUGAUAUUGAGCUGGAAGUAUGAAGUGUAUUUUCCAGUCUCCCAUUCUCUUUUUUGCACAAAAGCACUAGAAUCAAAACUCAGAAUCUGUCCUCUAUGCCCACUGCUGGUCAGUGGUUGAGCGAGACUGGAAGAGAGAAGUCUGACUCAGUCAGUUUGGGAUUGGUCCUUGUCCUUUACUGUCUUCCUUUUACUGUUGAUGUUACACUUUGUUCUUUGUGAAAUAAAGCAUGAUUUGCUGCAUUGCCAAACAUUGCUCAAAAACA